CCCCAGAGCCUGCCGCCCACAGCCUCUCCCACCCACCCCUGCCCGCCUGGCCAGGGCCCGGCUCCCACCCGUGGAUGAGCCACAGGACCUCCUCCACCUUCAGAGCGGAGAGAAGCUUCCACUCCUCCUCUUCCUCUUCCUCGUCCUCCUCGGCCACCCGAGCCCUGCCCGCCCAGGACGCGCCCAUGGACAAGGCCUUGAGCAUGUUUUCUGAGGACUUUGGCAGCUUCAUGCGGCCCCGCUCAGAGCCCCUGACCUUCCCAGCCCGUUCUGGGGGGCCGGGCAACAUCAAGACCCUUGGGGAUGCCUAUGAGUUUGCUGUGGAUGUGAGCGACUUCUCCCCCGAAGACAUCAUCGUCACCACGUCCAACAACCACAUCGAGGUUCGAGCUGAGAAGCUGGCGGCUGACGGCACGGUCAUGAACACCUUCGCUCACAAGUGCCAGCUGCCGGAGGACAUGGACCCCACCUCGGUGACCUCGGCCCUGCGGGAGGAUGGCAGCCUCACCAUCCGGGCACGGCGACACCCCCACACAGAGCACGUCCAGCAGACCUUCCGGACAGAGAUAAAAAUCUGAGGCCUCCGCCCUCCCCGGGCCUCCCAAAGCCCCACCUCUCCCCCACUGGCCCGCCAAAGUUUUCCUAACCCCCUCCCGACAGACAGCCCGCAGGACCUCUCUGCCCAGACUCCAGCCCUGACGCCCCCAAGACCCCAGGUGGGGAGCCCCAGCCCCACCCCCACACUCAGGCCUUCGGCUCUGCCCUUGCCUACCUGUGGCUCCAGAUUCCAGAUGUGGCCUCCUCACUUAAUCCAGAGCAAAGGCAUCGAGAUGGGGAGAGGAAGAUCCCAGAGAACCCUCUUGGGGAAGGGAGACGAGGCCAGGCGGGAUCUCUGGGCAAAUAAUCUGCAGGACAGACUGACAAACGCUUUGAUCCGUGGAGUCUCUGCAGGGCGGGGGUGGGGAAGAGAACCUGGGACCCUUUUGGCAAGGGGGCAGGAGAGACAGGAGGCAGAUCUCCCGGCACAGGGGGGCAGAGGAGGCAGCAUGGUGGAAACCUCUGUUCUCUAAGCUCCCAACCAGCGUCAGGCUGCCUGCCCACCUGGGGCCCCCACCAGCCAGCUGUGCCGGGCAGGGCUGCUGUACAUAGAUGGGUUUUUUCCAAUACAGCUGGUUCGUAAUAAACUGUGGGAAACUCCUGCCAUCUAUCACCGGCUCAUGCCCCCAGGCAAGACCAGGCUGAGGGGUGGGGCUGGGCCUUCUCCCCGCACCCCCGCCACUUCCCUGCCCGGCCUGGGGUCCCGGGGCUGCUUCCCUGAAGAUGGAUCACCCAGCAGAGGUGGGAGGCAGAGCAUGGAUGGGGCUUGGGGUCUCAAGGUGGGACCAGUGUCUUGCCAACCUCCCCCCUGGUUUAAUCUAUGAAUCUAUAGGCUUGGUGCGUGUGUACCACACACGCAUGCACACCCUGCUGACCUUCAAACACUAAGUGUUACCCUUAGUCAAGUCCAAAUUCAGAACACUCCAAAACCAGGUUUCAGUCUCCACUUUUAUCAGUGGGGAAAUGGGUCUCUGACAGCUGAUCGCCCCGUGCUCACUGAAAGUGAGGUAUGAACCCUGGGAGGCAGAGGCUGCCCUCAAACUUCGCCCUUCCCCUCCGUGCACUGUGACGUCACUCUCUCUGCUUCUCUUGGUCCAUGGCCCCUGUCCCCGCAUCUUCCUGCUGGAGAUUGCCCUCAGCCCAGUUCCCUCUGGGUCCCCAGGCCAGCACGGAAUCUCCAGACGGCCUUCAUUCUGGGGAGCCCCAGCCGCCCUCAGUGACCCCGGCUCAGUCUCCACACACAAAAACAGGGGUGAGAUGGGUCAGUAUUAGUCGGGGGUGGUGAGAGGGCCCCCGGGGCGAGCGGUAGAGCCAGCCCUCUGCUGUCUGGGCCUCGGGUCAGUGUUCUGCGGGGUGGCCUCUCACCCCUGCCACUCUGGGGUCCUUAGGGGAUGUUUGGGUGAGGAGAUGGGAGGGUCCUGGUAUUGUACCGUGCACACAUAAUAAAUGACAAAAAUCACAGA